CAAGGAGUCCCUUGCUGAACGCGGACCGCGGAGUGGCGGGCGGCGCGCGCGCGCGUGCCCGAGAGGUGGCUGUUGGAGAAGUGGAGCGGCGGUCGCGGGGGGAGGAGGAGGAGGGACUGAGCGGCGGCGGCCCCCGCGUCCCGGUGCCUCUAUGGGGGAAGCAGACAAUGGAUUAUGAUUUCAAGGCGAAGCUGGCGGCGGAGCGGGAGCGGGUGGAGGAUUUGUUUGAGUAUGAAGGGUGCAAAGUGGGACGCGGCACCUACGGGCACGUCUACAAGGCGAGGCGGAAAGAUGGAAAAGAUGAAAAGGAAUAUGCGUUGAAGCAAAUCGAAGGCACAGGAAUAUCCAUGUCGGCUUGUAGAGAGAUUGCACUGUUGCGAGAAUUGAAGCACCCUAAUGUGAUCGCAUUGCAAAAGGUGUUCCUUUCUCACAGUGACAGGAAAGUGUGGCUGCUGUUUGAUUAUGCAGAACACGACUUGUGGCAUAUUAUUAAGUUUCACCGUGCAUCAAAAGCAAAUAAAAAGCCCAUGCAGUUGCCAAGAUCUAUGGUUAAAUCAUUACUUUACCAGAUUCUUGAUGGUAUCCAUUAUCUCCAUGCAAAUUGGGUGCUUCACAGAGACCUGAAACCAGCAAAUAUCCUAGUAAUGGGAGAAGGUCCCGAGAGAGGGAGAGUCAAAAUAGCUGACAUGGGUUUUGCCAGAUUAUUCAAUUCUCCUCUAAAGCCACUAGCAGAUUUGGAUCCAGUAGUUGUGACAUUUUGGUAUCGGGCUCCAGAACUUUUGCUUGGUGCGAGGCAUUAUACAAAGGCCAUUGAUAUAUGGGCAAUAGGUUGCAUAUUUGCUGAAUUGUUGACUUCAGAACCUAUUUUUCACUGUCGUCAGGAAGAUAUUAAAACAAGCAAUCCCUUUCAUCAUGAUCAACUUGAUCGGAUAUUUAGUGUCAUGGGAUUUCCUGCAGAUAAAGACUGGGAAGAUAUUAGAAAGAUGCCAGAAUACCCUACACUUCAAAAAGACUUUAGAAGAACAACGUAUGCCAACAGUAGCCUCAUAAAAUACAUGGAGAAACACAAGGUCAAGCCUGACAGCAAAGUGUUCCUCUUGCUUCAGAAACUCCUUACUAUGGAUCCAACCAAGAGAAUUACCUCAGAGCAGGCUCUGCAGGACCCUUAUUUUCAGGAGGACCCCUUGCCAACAUUAGAUGUGUUUGCUGGCUGCCAGAUUCCAUACCCUAAACGAGAAUUCCUUAAUGAAGAUGAGCCUGAAGAAAAAGGUGACAAGAAUCAGCAGCAGCAGCAGAACCAGCAUCAGCAACCCACAGCCCCUCCACAGCAGGCAGCAGCCCCUCCACAGGCACCCCCACCACAACAGAACAACACUCAGACCAAUGGGACAACAGGAGGGACUGCGGCUGGUGUCGGGGGUGCUGGAGCAGGGUUGCAGCACAGCCAGGACUCCGGCUUGAAUCAGGUGCCUCCAAACAAGAAGCCGCGUCUGGGGGCUUCCGGCACAAACUCAGGGGGACCAGUUAUGCCGUCAGAUUAUCAGCACUCCAGUUCUCGCCUGAAUUACCAAAGCAGCGUUCAGGGAUCUUCUCAGUCCCAGAGCACUCUAGGCUACUCCUCCUCGUCUCAACAGAGUGCACAGUACCACCCAUCUCACCAGGCCCACCGGUACUGAUCAGCAGCCCUUGACUUGGCCCAGGCCAGCACAAAGCAAGACUCCAGCAAUAUGAUGUCUGCAUUGCAAAGAACCCCCAAAACACAAACUAUGAUGCCAUUUAAAACUCAUGUUUGGGAGGAAAACUUUAUAUACUGAGUAUUUUUCAGGACUGAUAUCUCUUCUUUAUUGACUUAUGGAAGAUUCUUGUGAAGUUUCCCCAAUACCUUCCCUGCAUGUGUUCCAUUGUGACUUCUCUGAUAAAGCGUCUAAUCUAAUUCCAGCACUUCUGUAACCUUCAGCAUUUUUUGAAGGAUUUUCUGGUGCACCUUUCUCAUGCUGUAGCAAUCACUAUGAUUUAUCUUUUCAAAGCUCUUUUAAUAGGAUUUUAAUGUUUUAGAAACAGAAUUCCAGUGGUGUAUAGUUUUUUACUUCAUGAACUGAUUUAGCAACACAGGUAACAAUGCACCUUUUAGAGCACUACACAGUUUUCACAGACUUUAACUGUUUUGCUCAUGGAAGUCUUAAACAAAACUGUUACUGUCCCAAAGUAUUUUACUAUUAUGUUUUUAUUUAUCUAGUUUCAGGGAAGGCCUAGUAAAAAACAAGUGGUGGGACAGAGGGAACUUACAACCAAAAACAGCCUAGAUCUUUGCAGUUACUAUGCUUUAUGCUCUGAAGAACUGAAGUGUGUGGUGAUUUUUAUAUAAUCAUUCAUAUGGAACUUAGUUCCUAGAACCAUCAUAUUCUGAAUAGUAUUCGGUAAUUAAGAAUUAUGAUUUUAACCUUCAUGUAGCUAAGUCUACCUUAAAAAGGGUUUCAAGAGCUUUGAUGAAAUACAGUCCUCUGGUGAUCCACACCAGAAAGCUGAAGAGAAUAUUAACUGCACUAGGAUUUCUUUAAGGAGUAAUGUUGAUCAAAGAAUGGGUUACUUCCCCUUGAAGGAAAAGCUUUGUAUGUAUUGUAUGUAAAGUUGGCUUCUCUAAAGGAACUGUUCCUUUCCUUUGUUUCUUCACAUCUGGGUAGGUGUGAAUAACUUUCUUACUUAAUCAAGGGUAUUCAAAUUGAAGCCUGCAGAUUCAUCUGCUUUUAAAGUAAAGAGCAGUGUCCUCCAUUUGUAUUUGCAUUAGACAUAGAGUGACUAUUUUUAAAGCAUGUUAAAAAUGUAGGUUUUAUUCAUGUUUAAAGUGGGUAUUAUGUAUGCAUAAUUUCGCUUUUGUUACUGAAACUUAAUUCUAUCAAAAAUCUUUUCAUUGCACUGAAUACUUUCUUUUGCCCCUAGCAGAAAACUAAAUAAUUGUGCCUAAAAACUAUGGGCAGAUAGUAUAAGACUAUACAAUAUAAGGUGAAUAUUUGCAUUUCCAUUAUCUAUGAAUUAGAGGCUAAGUUCUUUCUUAGCCAGUUUAAGGAGCCCCUCAUUCUCCAGAGUCAAAAGGAAAUGUAAAGACAGAGUUCCCAUUGUAAUGUAAGGGGCAAAAAAAAAAAAAAUGUUCUGAAUGCAACUAGCAGCACCAGCCUUGUUUUAGAUGUUUUCUUGAGCUAGAAGAAAUAGCUGAUUUGUCAUAUAUGCAAAUUAUAUGCAUUUUUAAAACUAUUCUUUGUGAACUUAUCUACCUGGUUAUGAUACUCUGGGUCCAUAUACAAGUGAAAUUUAGACAGAAGCCAGUAUACAUUUUGCACUAUUGAUGUGAUACUGUAGCCAGCCAGGACCUUACUGAUCUCAGCAUAAUAAUGCUAUUAAUAAUAAUACUGUAUAGUGACAUUCAUCAAGAUUGUAGAUGAAACAGUUGACAUGCUCCAUUUGAAGAAAUUUCUGAUCAUUUCCAUGGUAUUUUAUCACUUCCAUUUUUUUAAAAUAAGAAAUGAACAUCUUCCUGCAUGAAGUUGCUACCUGUGUAAAGUUCUUUUCUAUGCCCUGAAGCCUCACUGUCCAGAGCUACUGGUCCUCAGAUGCUCACUGUACCCUACAAGGUGUCCAGUGCUCUGCUAGGUGGAAAACACAACAGGACACACUUCCUGUUACUUAUGGUCAAUUCAGUAACAGUAAGCUCUCUUGGGAUGUUUUUGUCAUGUAAUUGACUUGAAAAUGAACUGUCUUAUAAUAUGAAGGCUCUUUGGUUUACUCUAAACUCACUUGGAUAGGUAUUAUUCCAAAUUCCAUAGUAAAUGGUGUUAGGGAAGGAUUUCUUGGUCCAGCUUAGGAAAAAGCCAGUGAUUUAAUAUCAGAAAAGACAUUACUGUAUAUUUGCAAUGUUCACAGUAGCCUUCAACAAGUGGAUGACUCUUAUAGGCAGAACACACUCUACUAAGUAGUUGUAGGAAAUUACAGUGAAAAUAGAAGAUCUGUUCCUGCCCUCAAGGGGAGCUUACAUUUAAUAAAAAGAGAUAACCCCAGAUAUGUACAUAAAUCAAAAUACCAUGCCCCUUAAUAUUUAAUUAGCAACGUUGACAUGUAAUUCUUAUGGUUUGGUUUAUACAUUCACUGGGCCGCUUGCUUUCCUUAUACAUAAAUGAAUUUUGCUGGUAGAACUGACAUCAGCUAUAUGGGGAUUUUAUCAGUUGCUCCCAGUACAGUGUUCUCCAGGACAUAGCCUGAGAUUUCCUUUAUAUAUAUGACUGGGCUUCUUAUCACUUCACUGGUUCUGGCCCUUUUGUCCUCUCUUCUUGCCUCAGGGUCAGUGAUGCCCACUCGUGUCCAUUACCCUUCGGAAUAAUUUUGGUUCAUAUUUUCCUUUCUUUAUAAAGGGGAAAAAGCCUUGCAUACACAUAAGGGCCCUGGACUAUGGGAUCUCUAAGGAGACCUGUGAAGCUCUUUGGGGGCAAAAUUUAAACUUUUUGGUCCCCAAAUGACUGCAUUCCUCUUUGAGUUUGUUAGAUACUGUUUAAUGCCUAUUGAGGAUGCAGUGGGGACAGACAUCCCUCAGCCUAUAGGAACACCAAAACCAGGGGAGAUAAUUGAAAGAAUGAAUUGAAGAUUUUCUGCUCUUGAUAUUAUAGGUCAGUUUUAGAGUUAGCUUUCUAAUGAGAUGUAUGUUUGGGAAAAGGGAUUCAAAAGUUCAGGACAGACGAGCUCACAAUAAAGUAGCUUGGCGGCAGGGCUGAUACUGUGAGGCUGAAACAAUCCUUGUGAUGAAGUAGAUCAUGCAGUGAGAUGCAAAAACCAAGGACUUGUAUAUUUUUAUAUCUGUGUGGUUUUGAAACUUUAGUACUUAGAAUUUUGGCCAUCUGAACUAUGUUUUCUCUUAUAAACAUAAUUUACUCUUAAGAAUGGAAAGAGACAACAUUUACGUAUGUGUUCACUGCCUCAUUCCUGGUGGAGCAACUGCUAGUUGUUCUCUGUGCCUCUAAAAUGAUGCUGUUUUCUCUACCAAAGGCAAAAGAAGAGAAAAAUUAGUUGGAGAAUAAGACUUUUGCAGCUUGAUGUACUUUUGAGUAAAUAUAUGUAGCAGAAACUGUUCAAUGAAGGAAGAAUUCUAUGAAAGUUGCAAAUCUUAAACUCUGGUAAUAUCUUCUUAGGAGGUGGAGAAAGACAGUGAAAUCACCAUCAGACAGAGAGGCUUGAAGGAGUCAAGUACAAGUAACGUAUUAUACAAAACAUAGCAGCUUAGGUCCCCAUACUCUUCAAGAAUUGUCACAAAUAUCAUAAAGCAAAGGUCAUUGUUCUAGGGUUUUUUAAAAAAAAUGUAUUCCUAAGGCCAUACUUACUCUUCUAUGCUAUCACUGCAAGGGAGUGAUAUGUAUUAUAUGAAAAAAAAAAACCUUAAUGCACUGUUAUCUCCUAAAUAUUUAGUAAAUUAAUACUAUUUAAUUUUUUUAAAGAUUUGUCUGUGUAGACACUAAAAGUAUUACACAAAAUCUGGACUGAAGAUGUCCUUUUUAACAACAAUGGAAAGUACUUUUUAUAUAUGUUAUGUAGUAUAUCCUUUCUAAACUGCCUAGUUUGUAUUUCCAAUAAUUCUUGUUUGUGAAGUGCACCUGUCCAUGUCUCUUUUUUCAGUCAUUUUCUGCACGCAUCCCUCUUUGUAUGAUUAUAGAGACAACUGUAGCUCUCCAUCCCCCGCUGCAAUUUUGUGUGCUCUGCGCUGGCCACGCCUUAGCAAGGCCCGCUCCCUCCAUAGGUACAGGAUAAGCUGCCACUUUGGAGUCGAGUGUUUCCCACUUUUAAGUUGUCCUGACAUUCUUCUUGAAAUGACUGUUAAAACUUAAUUAAAUUACGUUGCAUUUAUUUUAUAUUCUUGGUUGAAAUAAAAUUUAAUUGACUUUG